CCUCUAAUUCCUUCCUCGAACGAGCGUGGCCGGUUAUUAGCUCGUCCCCCAGGACUCCCUCGACAAUCGUGUCGCCUCGUUUCGAACGAGUCGCGCACUCGCGCGACCCCCCUCGUCGCGAAGUCAACGACGAACACGGCGUCGCGUCCUUUCGCCGUGCUUCGCCGCGUUUCCCGGCGAAGAGCAACGUAUGUUUGUCGGGCGAGGUACACGCGCGGUCGUACGUGUAUCGUCCUAUACGUACGUGACAUUUAGAACGCUUCGUCCCGUUAAAGCCUGAGGCUCGGCGGCGUUGAAUCGACGAGCGACGAGCAAUCAGCAGAUUUCUAAGGGACGAACCAAAAGUAAUAAUGGAUUUCAAGGAUGGCCUUGUAUCCUUGGACGAUCCUGAUGUUGCAUCUCAAUCAGAGGCUGUGAGCAAUUCUGAAAAUAAUUCACAGGACGAACCUGUAUCUUUAGAUGAAGCUAAUAUUGUGUCUCAAUCAGAAGCUAUAAGCAUAUCUGAAAAUGACUCCAAGGAUGAUCCUGUGUCUUUGGAUGACACUAGUAUUGUACCACAACCAGAAGCUGUGAGCAACUCUGAAAAUAAUUCCAAGAACGAUCCUGCUCCUUUGGACGACAUUGGUGUUUUACCUCAACCAGAAGGUGUGAGCAACUUCAAAAAUAAUUCCAAGGACAAUCCUCCGUCUUUGGACGACACUGAUGUACCUCAAUUAGAAGCUGUGAAGAACUCUGAAAAUAAUUCCAAAAACGAUCCUUUGUCUUUGGAUGACACUGAUGUAUCUCAACCAGAAGCUAUAAGCAAUUCUGAAAAUAAUUCUGAGGCUGAUCUUGUAUCUUUGGACAACACUGGUAUUGUAUCUCAAUCAGAAGCUGACAACUCCAAAAAUCAAGAUAAUAUUAAAAGCUGUAUUGAAGAAGAAAAUGUAUCAGAAAAAGAUAAGGAUUCCGAUCAACCACAGAUUAAUGAAGAUAUUCCAGAGCUGCAAGAUGAAACGGAAAAAGAAACUGUAGUAAUCUCUGAGAAACACUCAACUAUAUCGAAUGUUGAGGUGAUUGAUUCUAUUGCAUGUUUAGAAACUAUUGAGAAAGACAAAAACAUGGAGGUUGAUGUAGCAUUAUCUGAGAAUGACAAUGAGAUGGUAACAGCCGAAGGACAAAGUAGCACAGUUGAAAAUGUUCACAAGGAAAAUGUAUUGGUUCAUGUGAAUGUGGAAACGACCGAGUUGGAUGCAUCUGAUUCAAAAACUGAUAAGUGUGAUACGGAGCUUCCAUCAGCUCUCGAAGACUCGUGCAAAGUUCCAGACGAUGUUGUAAAUGACGAGACUAUCAAUGAUAAUGUUGCGGACGAAUCCGAAACAUUAGCCAAAGAAAAAAAGAAAGAUUGCGAUGUCGCGGAUGAAUCCAGUAGCAAUGCGGAUGACGUGCAGAAAGAAGCUGCACCGUCGAAAAAACUGGACUCGGAAUCUUCGGAUAGUAAUUUAGAUAACCCCGAAAAAGAUCUGUCUAUCGAGAAGAGCAUCGAACCUGAAAAUACAGAGUUUGUACAAUUCUCCAAUGACAAGCAUGACGAUUCGCAGAUCGAGGUCCCCUCUGUUGACGCCGAGGAUCCCUUCGGCGGCGAGGACGCUCUCACAUCCGAAAGCGUGGAACAGUUAGAAACCGACAGUCUUGCUGAGGACGAACUCAGAGAACAAGGUGAUAAUUUGCAGGAAGCGGUAAACGCUAGAAAUAACGAUUCCAAUGAGAAACUCGACGUUUCCAACGUUUCGAACGCCGACGUUGAUAAAAUCCUGAGUAAUAUUACCGAAACAUCAAAUGAUGUGCGAAAUCUUAUAAAUUCUCUCGAUAAUACAUCCUCGAUAAAUACUAAUCCUUCGGGUGCUGAUAUAUCGGAAACGGGAGCGAAAGAUGCGUCCUUCGCAAAGUUAUCUGAGAAACAAGACGAACAGAAAAAGGACGCCGAGAAAGUUACACCGAUGGAAACAGAGGCCGACAUAUUACCGGGACAAGAUGACGAAUUAUGUAUUAUCCCAGACAGCAUGAAAGUAAUAAUACCAAAUAAAUCGGGCAAAACAACAGAUAACGACCAAGACAAAUCUACGUCUGUCACAGAUCUUAAAUGCGAGGAAACAAUGCAAAAAUCGAGUUCGGAGCUUGAAACGGAUACUUCACAAAGUGAACCUAAAUUGGAUACUAUAAAAAGUGAGGAUAAACCGGAAAGUGCUACAAAACAGAAAGCAACCAUUCAAGAUGAGCAGUCAGCAAAGGAAAAUUUAAGCGUAGCAACGGACGUUAUUAAUAUCGACGAUGAGAAAAAUAUGGAAGUUGAAGAGAUUAGCAGUAAACAAGUGUGUAAGCAGUGUGGUGAGGAAAGAGCAUGUAAAAUUCAAGUGAAAAUCGAAACAAAAAAUUAUUUUGUAUGCUCGAAAACAUGUAAAGCAUUGUUAAAGGCAGCUAGUAAUAAGGCGAUUAAUAUACCGAAUGAAAGCAUUAACUUUAAACCAGAGAAGCGUUGCGCGGCUUGCUUAUUAAUUAUAGAAGCUAACGAUGAACGAAACCUCUCCUGGGAAACAAUGGAAUUCUGCAACGAGGAAUGCCUGGGCAAGUUUCAGAGAAAAUAUGGAAGUUUAUGUAAGAAUUGCAAUGGUGCGGUUCAAGCUGUUAGUUUAGGAAAAUACUGUGUAAGAUUUGGAUGUGAUGUGAGACAGUUUUGUUGUUCGACAUGUUUAGAAGAAUUUAAAAAAGGUUUAAAAGUAUGCAGUUACUGUCAGAAAGACAUAAGUUUUAGCAUGGAAGGCUUCCUCGCACCGGUUGGAGAAAAGGGACAAUUUAAAGACUUUUGUACCCAGGACUGUAUGGAAAAAUAUUCAAAAUUAAACUCCACAGCACCGCCAGCUACAGAGAAGAAACCAUGCAGUGUUUGUAAGGAGGAAAAGCUUGUACACUGUGAAGUUCAAAUAUAUAAUAGCAAUCCAGUAGCUAUAUGCAGUGAACCCUGUUUUGCUGCGUUUAAGUUUGUGAAACAGGUCAAACCCGAGCAAUGCUCUACCUGCAAGAAAUUUUUUGAAUUACCAAAUAAGCAGCAUUUUAUUGUAUUUUACGAGAAUGAACCCCAUACAUUUUGUAACAAGACAUGCUUAAAUAUAUUUAUUAUAACGAAUAGGAAGAUAGUUCCAUGUAACUGGUGUAAAGUAAAAAAAUAUAAUUUUGAUAUGAUUAAGAAAGAAUUAAAGACAGGGCAAACCUUGAUGAUGUGCAGUUUAAAUUGUUUAACGUUAUAUCAGGUUUCUAUUAAUGCUGUAUCUGCUAAACGAAUUAACUGUGAUUUAUGUAAGGAAUAUUCCUUAGCGCACUAUCACCUCACAAUGUCAGAUGCGACGAUACGUAAUUUUUGUUCGUACAAUUGCGUCAUGAACUUUCAAGCGCAAUACACUAAGUCUCCUAUAACUAUACCGACGAGCGACGAUCCUGUGCCUACAGGCUUACCUAAGAGGACCACGUUAACACAGAGAAGUACGAAUCAGAUUGCUUCCAAUGAGAUGCAAAGUAAGAAAACUCUGCCAGUUAUAUCUUCAGUAACGAGCUUAGCUACAAUAGGAAAUGGACAAGCGAGUCCGACGUCACAGCAAAGCAAUAUGAUAAUACCCGCGAACGCGAGUCAAACAAUCUAUAAGCAACAGGUCAUUACCAGACCAUCUAGUCCCGUGAAGGUGCAUAAUAGGAUGACUCAAUGCAAGCCUAUAGUACAUACAAAAGGGGUUUCUGUGCGUCCUCAUCCUUGCACAAAAUCGACACAAACUACGGAGAAACCUCAACAGGUGAUUGUACCCAUACCAGUGCCAAUUUACGUUCCGUUUCCAAUGCAUAUGUAUAGCAUGCCUUUCCCAGUUCCGAUGCCUUUUCCACUGCCUAUUCCCGUUCCCUUGUUUAUACCUACUACGAGAAAUAGUGCUAAAGGAAUUAUGAAAGACAUUAAGAGAAUACAAGAGAAGAUACCGGCCGAUCCGUACGAAGCUGAACUUCUUAUGAUGGCCGAGAUGGUAGCUACAGAAAAGAAGGCCAACGAUAGCGAUUCAGACUCGGUGGAUGAUAGGGAAGAUGCUGAUCAAGACAAUUUACAUAGUACUGGUUUCAGUCCAGAAGCGGUUGAUACCAGUAAUACAUUUGGAGAUGACAUGUUACAAAUGGCGUUAAAAAUGGCUACAGGAGAAUUAGAUGAGCCAGCUGUCGAUUUAGAAGCUGCUUUGACGCCGAACACGAUUACAGCCACACAGCAGGCACCGCCGCAGCCAGAGAAUACUUUGGAUAAUGAUGUGCAAUCGGAUCGACUAAUAAUUGCCUCUAGAGGAAGGAAACGUGUGAUGCCAUAUAAGCCGCGAUCAACGCCAAACAAACGGAUGAGACGUGUCUCUGGUACAAAUGACAUGCCAUUAAUGCCACCACCAGAGCCCCAGCCACCUCCACAACCGCGUAUUAUGGAGCCGAUGGAAAAACCUGAUGCUAAUAUGGCAUUAAAAUAUACAUUUGGCGUAAAUGCGUGGAGACAAUGGGUAAUAGGAAAGAAUGCCGAAUUAGAAAAACAAAUUACACCAAUGAAGAAGAUAAAAUUGUUCAAAACAGAUCUCUUACAACUUACCGCAGAUGAAUUAAAUUAUUCUCUAUGUCUCUUCGUAAAGGAAGUAAGAAAACCGAAUGGUGCGGAAUAUGCUCCUGACACAAUAUAUUAUCUUUGUCUAGGAAUACAACAAUACUUGUUUGAAAAUAAUAGGAUUGAUAACAUAUUCACGGAUUCGUACUAUGAGAAAUUCACAGAUUGUCUAAACGAAGUAGCGAAAAAAUUCUCUGUACUGUACAACGAGGCACAAUAUAUCGUAACCAGGGUAGAAGAGGAACACUUAUGGGAAUGCAAACAAUUGGGUGCUCAUUCUCCACAUGUUCUGUUAAGCACGCUUAUGUUUUUCAAUACAAAACAUUUUAAUCUUGUAACAGUAGAAGAACACAUGCAACUUUCCUUUUCUCAUAUCAUGAAGCAUUGGAAGCGUAAUCCAGCAGCUCAACCUACGGCUGUGGCGGGGAAAGUUCCUGGCUCAAGAAACGUUCUUCUGAGAUUUUAUCCACCGCAAUCAGCUCUUGAAGCUAAUUCAAGAAAAAAGAAAGUAUAUGAACAACAAGAAAAUGAAGAAAAUCCAUUAAGAUGCCCUGUUAAAUUGUACGAAUUUUAUCUAUCGAAAUGCCCUGAAAGCGUUAAGACACGAAAUGAUGUCUUUUAUUUAUUACCAGAACGCAGUUGCGUACCAGACAGUCCAGUAUGGUACUCGACAUCGCCACUCGCAAAGGAACAACUCAUCAAAAUGUUAUAUCGCAUUAAAAUGGUUAAAGAAAUUAAUGUAGCGUUACUAACCAUUUAAUCUUAUUACAGUGAUCUCUUGAAAAGCAAGACUUAUCUAUUUUAACACUUUGACUUCCAACUGGAAAUUUGAGUUUAAUUCCAGACUCUACAAUAUAUUCCAACGAUGUUAUAUGUUUAAUUAUUUGUAUAUUUAAUGUAUUUAUUGUAUAUUAAAUAUACAAUAACUAAAUAUAAUUUAUAUUAAAUAUACAAUAACUAAAUAUAAUUGUAUAUUUAAAAGUGAAAUAUCUUCAGUACAUUGUCUUUCAGUACAUUUUGUUAACAAUGUUUUCUAUUAAUAAUAUUUAACUCUUUUUCUGCUACAUGCGUUUUAUUAUGACUUGCCUAUUGAAAUAUAUGCACACAAAGUAUUGCAAAGUGUUAAAAUGAUGCAAAAAAAUAAUUAUUACUAAACGCGAACAGAAAUAUAGGAUUAAACAAGUUUUCUAGUUUCUAUUGUAUAUUUUUCACUUCUCAAUAAAAAAACUUAUUGAUCAUUGAAAAA